AUGCAGCGCCAGAGGUUUCGUUUUGUCUUUGCAGUCAUUCUGUCCCUGCACCUAUGCGUUGCUUCUCCAUCACAGAACACACACGUCAUUCACGAGCAGCGGAUGGUCCAUGGUAACCCAUGGACCAAAGGCAAUCGACUCGAGCCAGGACGUAGUUUCGCCUUGAAAAUCGGGUUGAAGCAACAAAAUCUUGACGCGGGAGACGAUUUAGUGUAUCAGGUGUCUCAUCCAUCUUCCCCAGACUAUGCACGAUAUUAUUCACCCGAAGACAUAGUCGAGAAAUUUGCUCCUUCAGGAGAAACAAUCGAUAAUGUUCGCUCCUGGAUCUCGUCGAAUGGCGGUUCAUCAAUUUUAUCCCGAGACAAGGGAUGGCUUCACGUCAACAUGACCGUAGCUGAAGCAGAGAGUAUGCUUUCUGCACAGUACUAUGAGUAUAAGCACAUUUCCAUGAACAGGUCAACAAUCUCUUGCGAAGAGUAUUCUGUUCCGAAGGCUAUUCGCGAUCAUAUCGACUUCAUUACGCCCGGAGUGGUGCUCAUGACUUCCGAGCCAUCGCAAACGAGGAAGAGAUCCGUCACGGGUGCUUCUACUGGGGAAAGAUUUGCCAAGCGUAUACUAAACGACACAUCUACUUGUAGCGAGGCUAUUACACCUAUGUGCAUACGGGAGCUAUACAAAAUUCCAGAAAAUACGCUGAAUCAUACGAACAACAGCUUAGGGAUUUACGAGUACGGAGACUACUACGCCCAAGAAGACCUGGAUCUUUUUUUCACCAGCUUUGCACCAAGAAUUCCUAAUGGAACGCAUCCGACACUGGUAUCCAUUGAUGGGGGCUUCGCACCAGUUACACCGGGGGCUGCUGAUGGAGAGUCCGACUUGGAUUUUCAAGUUGCUUAUCCCUUGAUAUACCCCCAAUCAAUUACCUUGUACCAGGCUGAAGACAAGAUAUAUACGAUUAGUGGAGGAGGAGGUUUGUUCAACAAUUUUCUCAACGCAAUAGAUGGGUCGUACUGUUCCUACAGCGCUUUUGGCGAGACAGGCAACGAUCCCAAGUUCGACAAUGUCUACCCGGACACAAAAUACCCCGGUGGCUACUUAGGCGAAACCCAGUGUGGAAUUGCGAGUCCAACCAAUGUCAUCUCCAUAUCAUACAGCAAGUCAGAAUUUGAUUUGCCGUUUUACUAUCAGCAACGGCAAUGCAACGAAUUCAUGAAGUUGGCUCUGCAAGGGCACACCAUCCUGGUCGCUUCGGGGGAUGCGGGUGUUGCAGCUCGCCCUUGGGAUCCUUCUCCAAACGGAUGCAUUGGCACUAAUCACACAAUCUUCAGUCCCAACUUUCCAGGAAACUGCCCAUACGUGACUACUGUGGGCGGAACGAAACUACCUGCCGGUGCUGGCAUCGAUGAGCCAGAGGUUGCCGCUUAUUUGCCUAAUCAAGACCGCACGGAUUAUACCUAUACAAGUGGCGGCGGAUUCAGCACUAUUUAUUCCACCCCUAGCUACCAGAGCUCUGCACUGGGCGACUAUUUCAAGAACCAUGAUCCAGGUUACAAGUCAUUCAGCUCUCUCCAUAAUGCCACGCAUAAUGACUCGUCCCCGGUUGGCGCAAAUGGCGGCGUGUACAACCGCAUUGGAAGAGGGAUGCCCGAUGUCUCUGCCAUCAGCCAGGACAUAGUCACAUACAUUGAUGUUGACUAUGGCUUGUUAAGUGGAACCAGCGCAGCGACCCCUUUGAUUGCUUCUAUCGUGACCCUCAUUAAUGAGAACAGACUGAAGGCGGGAAAAAGUCCAGUUGGUUUCAUUAACCCAGUACUGUAUGAGAAUCCACAGCUCUUCAACGAUAUCGCCAGUGGAAACAACGAAGGAUGUGGCACGAAGGGGUUUUCUGCGGUGCAGGGAUGGGACCCAGUAACAGGAUUGGGGACACCGAAAUACCCUGAAAUGCUGGAAUUAUUCAUGAGCUUGCCAUAG